AUGCAGGCAGCGCCCUGGGAGACGGAGAGUUCUGCGCGGCUGCCUGUGGUGAAACGCAAUGCCUCCCCACAUUUGAAGUGGGCCAAAAAGGUUCACACUCAGCAGAAGGCAUGGCUACUAAAUCACCGUCAGUUGUGCAAGCCCUUGCCCAAGGUGAAAGCAGCCCUGGCUGAUAAAGGCAACGAAAGCACCACAGGCUUCACGAACUGCGGUGAGUGCUUUGGGGUGCCGCUCUAUGGCAGCGUGUUCCGUUGGGCAACCGGUCUCCGGGUGGACCGGCAAGAGAUUGUGGCCACCGAAGCAGAGGAGCAGCGGCAAUUCCACCAGAGGCGCAGCGACGGUCUAUUGAAACUGCGCCAAGCCCAGCGAAAGUGGAGGCAGUGUCAGCGCCAAAGUCAGCGCAAAAGAAGGCAACAAACACAGGAGAGGACACUCUCCGAGGCCGAGGUGUCUCCAGCACGAGGAAGGUCACACAAGGGCAAAUAUUCAAGCAGCAGGUUGGAAGCUUCACAGACACUUCUACCCUUGGGAACAUUGGAAGAGGAGAGAAACCAAAGCCAAGACAGGCCAUCGACAUCUGAGUCCUUGGUUUCCACUUCUUCUGAGGAAGGCAACGAUGAGGCGCCCAGACUGCCAGCGAUGGUUUUGCAGAAAGCGCUCCUUAGGCGGAACUCACUCCAACGAACGGAGCUGAUGAAUGCAGACAUUAGUUCAGCAAAAGAUGUGAUUUCAAGCGAUGUAAAUCUUGCUGAGCUCUUCGAUGCAGGUGAAGAGGAAACCGAAGAGGACAAGAAGAACAAGCAGCUGGCAUCGCUCAAUGGCGACUACAUGGCAUCGAAAUUGAUAUCAAGGACGGAGGAGCGGCCUCCUGCCAGUGAGGAGGCGAAGAUUGAGCCAGCAGAUGCCUCUUUGCUCAAGGAGCAAUUCGUUGCUCGUGUUCGCUUGCGGUCAGAGGAAUGGCGAACGGAGUUUCCGGUAGAGGUUUUAAAUCAGCUGACCGCAGCCUACGAGUCGUGGCGCGAUGAAGAUGGCCUUCGGACCGUGAGCCUCCGGAGUCUCAAUCAUGUCCUGCGCUACUUGCUUGGCUGGCCAUCAACAGUCUUACAACACGUGCUGGAGGCACCUCCACCUGAGAGGCUUUGCUUUCAGAACCUGCGAGACUUUCUGGAGCUCGUGAGGCAUGCGUUGGAAGAAGCAGAACUUGAAUCGCCAGAUGUGCUAUGGUCCGAGUGGGACUUGAACCUCGUCCGAGAGAGCUUCAGGAAGUACUCGUCAAAGACCAGCAACACAAUGCCAGUGGUCAACCUCUUCCAGGCCAUCGAAGUCUUGGGUUUUCCGGAGCUGAAGAUGAACACAUCUGAUCAGCAACGUUGGCUUGCUCAAAUCACCAAAGCGGUCUUGGCGCGGAAGGAGCAUCGCAAAUCGCCCGUAGAGAUCUCAAGACGUGAAUCUUGGGCACCUCCUCCAAAUGCCAGGGCUGGUCUUGGAGCUCAUCUGACCUUCCGAGACUUCCUGCGAAUUGCGAGCAGAGCGCUACGCGAUGCCGAGAAGGAGAACAGAAGACAUGAGUUCCAGACCGAGUGUGAGGUAAUCCGCUGCAGCUCAUUUGGCGUUCUGCAGGUGGAGGCACCCGAGUUGGGGGACGUCAGGGAUGGAGGGUUUCCCAUGGCUUUCCAUGGUUUCAAGUUUUACAAGAGAAAGAUAAAGAAUUCUAAUCACGUUUGCAUAGUUUUUCUUGACUAG